UUAUAUUUAGGGCAAUAAAAUCACUGACAUGUGCCAGGAAAUAUUAAUUGAUAUGUAACCGGUUUAGCACACGCUGUUAUUGUUUUCGCUGCUAAAGAUCCGUAUACAUCUUUAUGGUGUACGAUUGAAUGAUAUUGUAAAGUUCUAUGCUGAAGAGGAUUUGUGUUCGUAUUUAAAGUGAUCGCUAGCUUAUUAAUUACCUAUAUGAUAACCAGUUUUCCGCGCGUAGUCGAGCUAGUGUGGUUGGAAUUACACCUUAGUGACAACUUUAAGGAAGAUAAUUUAUCACACGGACGUGUAACGAAAACGAAACAUGAAAAUGGAAUUGCUAAUGAAACUAAUAUCGUUUAUACAAUUGUGAAUUUACUUACUGGUUCCACCUUUUCCAACACUUGCUGGUUGGAAACAUAUCAGCAUUUUAUAGAUAACGGCGACGUUUUUAACUAUAAGACGGAUUUAUUCCACGUAAAGAUAUGGUAAAGACUUGAUGGAAUACGUAUGUUAAAUUAACUCAUAAAGUGAUGGAUUUAUUCUUCUUCGAGGAUUGCCACGCGGACGUGCAUCUAUCAUUUCCAUUUUACGACGGCUAUUAAAAUGAAACGGAUGUGAUUUCAAGCAAAAUUCGGAGAACGCAAGUACAAUAUUUGCAUAGAAAUAGCAAAGAACCAAUCAAGCAAAUAUCAGUUACAAUGAACGCACAUUGCAGGGGAUUUCUCUGUGAAUAUUCACGCGACAGGAGCGGUGUCAAGCGCUCACGCCAUUGACCUAGAAUAUGGUGUUCACGCUGUGUUCUGUUGUUGAUAGACCCAGCAGAUACACUCAUUGACUGGUUCCAGAGCUUGCUUCCAUUUUAGUAAUGGAGUGUUAUUCUCGCGGACGUAAUGAUUUAUGAUCAGGGUACCAAAUACCAAAGCGUGUCGAAUAUAAUUCAAACGCUAACAGACUGAACGUGCAUUAUAUGUAAACGGAUAUGUAUAUAUUUAUGUCAGGACCAUGAAUCAAAACUGAACAACUAAAUACAAAUGGAUAACGGAACUCUUGGCGCGAUUAACGACACCGGCGUUGAAGAUGUUGACAACAAGAACAACUGGUUGGUACUUCUUCUCAUACCGCUGAUCAUGUUCGGCGUGGCGGGAAACAUUCUCGUCUGCAUGGCGAUCACCAUGGAGAAGCGGCUACAGAGCGUCACCAACUACUUCCUGUUGUCGCUGGCCAUCACGGAUCUGCUCGUCUGCCUUGUCGUCUGGCCGUUAAGUCUUAUGACUGAGUUUUUAGGUCACUGGCCUUUCGAAAAGAUAUUCUGUGAUAUAUACGUCACUCUAGAUGUUUUGAUGUGCACAUGCUCCAUCCUGCAUCUGUGCACCAUCUCGCUGGAGCGGUUCCUGGCCAUCAGGGACCCACUAGCGACGCGUUCGCGCUCCAAGCUGGCGGUGAGGAUCAAAAUAGUGCUUGUAUACGUGGUGGCUCUGGCUAUUAGUAGUCCUAUCAUGAUCCUGGGAAUCAUAGACGAGCACAACAUCUUGAACAAUAACAAGUGCAUGUUGGUAAACGAGCCUUUCAUAAUUUACGGCAGCGUCAGCGCGUUCUACAUUCCGCUGACAAUAAUGGGGCUGAUUUUCGGGAUGACGCUCCGUCUGCUACGGAAGCAGCACAAAUUAUGCAAUGCAAAGGAGCGAAAGGAUGGGGAGGUUUUGAUACGGCGCCUCCAGAGCACGAGCUCAAACUUCCAAAAGACUUGGAAGAAAGUUCACAAGGAACGCCAGCAACGCGGAUCGUCCAGUAGCAGUUCCGAGCAGAACAGCCCGUCGCGACACGAUACAACCAAUCGCUCCAUACUGACCGACUCUUCUUUGAUGGAUUCGCCGAAAUGCGAGGACAGUCCGUUUUCAGUGUUCAACCGAUCGGACACGAGCGAGUAUCGUCUGCCACUCGGGGAAAUCCACGAGCACACCAUACCCAUCGACGAGGCUCCCUCGGACGAACGGAUGCAGCAUUAUUCCGCCGACACCAUUUACAGCUCCUUGCCAGAUAUCUACCAGCAUUCGCAGGCUACGUCGGGGCCCAUAGAACAAACGUUCAGUGAUUUAAAUGACAACGAGGCGAUGAAAAUCACCAAGACCGUCAGCGCACCCUCAGAAUUACACUCAAUCAAGAAUAGCCCCGCAUCGGGGUCAUUAAGUGCUCAACAAAAUGUCAAGAAAGACUCUGUAAAACAAAAGCAGGCAAAUAGUUCGGUUAAGACCGAACAAAAGGCCAGUAAAACCCUCGGAAUCGUGUUCUUGAGCUUCGUCAUUUGCUGGCUGCCUUUCUUUAUUGUUAAUAUAAUGACCGUUCUAUGUAGGUCAUGCGACUUCAGACACGUUCUCUUGGUCACUGUACUCUAUUUAGGCUACGUGUCCAGCACGCUCAAUCCCAUUAUCUACACUGUGUUCAAUAGGACAUUUCGCGCAACAAUGUUCCAAUUAAUGAAGUGCCAAUGCCGUGCUAUACAGAGGCCGAAGCGAAUUAAGGCAAUAUGCGUCGGACUGAAUUACGCUAUACAACACGAUAGAAAUAGGGACCAUUUCCAAAUGCCGUUAUGAUACGUUCGUUUGCAUUUGAGUCGCGUUCUGAGAAAACUGGGCGUUAUGCAUGUGCGUAAAGUGUCGUCCCAGAUUAGCCUGUGCAGUCCACACAGGCUAAUCAGGGACGACACUUUCCGCCUAAAUUUGAUUUUUGCUAAGAAGAGACUCCAUUUAAACGAAAAAUGUCAUAAAAUCGGAAAGUUUCGUCCUUGAUGAGCCUGUGCGGAUUGCACAGGCUAAUCUGGGACGACACUUUACGCACAUGCAUUAUGCCCAGUUUUCUCAGAACACGACUCAUUUAGUAUUUAUGGAAAUCGUGCUAGUCUCCUGGAAAUUCUUGGUGUCAGUUUACAGGAAUUAUCAUAAUAUGGUUUAAAAAAAGAUACAAAUGCAUGUCUGAAACUGUCUUUGACGUCAUUCAUUUAUUCAACAAUGCCAUAUUAUCUUGUGGGUACAAAUAUUGUUUGAAUAGAAGUGUCAACUUGCAAUUUAUAUAUAAGAUACUGUAUACUAUGCAUUUAAGAAUUAUAUGUUAGGAUUUGUAGACACAAUGUGUGAGGUUUACAUUCAUAUUUGUUUACAUUAUUGGUAUACAGGCUACAAACUCAGUUUCAUGUUAUGUGUUCAAGUCCAUGAAAAAGUGUUCGGCAUGAAGUGCUUUUGUGAUUUAUUAUUGAAUUGUUAAAUGUCUAUAUUUUAUUGUAUUCACGACUGAUUAAAAUUGAUUGGUUAAAUAUUUGUAAUUUACAUGUCUUUAAGAUGUUUUUCGUUUAUUAUGUCUAUAGGUAAACAUGUUCGGACAUUUUCUGAAAUGCUGGGUUUUAUAAAAUUGUAACAUGCUUAAUCAUUCAAAUAUUUUGUGAAACUGAAAUUGGACUUUCUUAUAACAAAUACACGCAUGAGGCCUGAAAUAAAACGACGUUUCCAUUAACGUUACCGACCCUAAGAUUUUGUGCCGACCUUUAUUUGUUUUUGUAAUGCCGGUUGAGUUUUUUUUUCAGUUUUGUUACACUCGAUCAUAUAAUCAAAUUUAACUUUAAAAUAUGAAAAACAAUUUUGCAACUAAAUGUUUUGGACUUUGAUAUGGAAAAAACAACGUUUUGCAUAAUUUAUCAUACACAUGAUAUGGGAGCCAAUUAAGUUAUGACCGCAAUUAAUGUAAAACGAUUUUACUAACACGCCGUAAUACAUGCGUUUAUAAUUGUAUUUUAUGAUAAAUGCAUGCUUUUUCUAUAUUUUGGUUAUCUUGUUUUUGAAAGGCUGCUUUAAACUACUUAUUUCAUUUUUUUAACAAUAGAAUUUGUAAAUAUAGCAUUAUUGUGAUUUUCUUAUUAUUUUUCUUUCUCUUGUAAAAUGAUGUUCGUUUAGAAUUUAGUUGUUUCUUCUUUCUAUGUUUUUUGUGUGGUUACUUCUUAAUUGUACAUAUGCGUGUAAUUAUUUAAUGUUUAUUAUAAGAUAUGUUUGCAUUUUAUUGACAGUAUGUAUUAUUACUUACAAUUAAAAUAAUAUAUGUUCACAAUUUAGCAUUUUAUCGGUUAAUAAUAUAUUAUUUAUAUUAUAUAACAGAAGGUGCCAAAAUCAAGUCCAUGCUAUGUACAUUUAUAUACAGUUUGUUGGAUUUAUCAAUGUUUAAUUUUA